UAAUGUGAGCGUAGAGACAGGACGCUGCCUCUUUAAUUACGCACGUAGCCGACGUAAUUCGUGCGUCACCACGCAGCUGAGCAAAACAACCCGCGGACACGGUGGAGUCGCGGGGUGGUGUAUCUUUCGUUUUGUCGCCUAAAUGAUUCACAUGGUUCAUUUUUCUCUUGUAGUGUUUCACUUUUUAUUCUCUCCAGCGGCUGAAAAAGUUCCACGAACAUAACAGAACAAAUAAAAACAGGUUGUUAUGUUUAUUUGCACGCUGCACCUGUGCAGGGUUUAUGUAAGAAUUAACGAGCAGCAGUCAGAUCGGUUCAUUAUAAAGGACAGGGAGAUCCACAGACAGGAUGAUCUACAUAAUAAUGGGAGUCUCAGGUUGUGGAAAAAGCACUCUAGGGGCCUUCUUGUCAGAAAAGCUGGGCUGGCCCAUGCAUGAAGGGGAUGAUUACCACCCGCAGGAGAACAUUGAGAAGAUGGCUCGGGGUGAACCAUUGACAGACCAGGACAGAUUUCCAUGGCUUCUCAAACUACAUGAAGUCAUUGAGAGGGAAAGGUGUUCAGGCUCUGAUGCUCUUGUGGUAUGCUCCGCCUUGAAGCGCAUAUACAGAGAGAUCUUGCUCUUUGGCUCCAAAGCCCUCCUUGCUUCUACUCCAGACCAAGAUAUCUUGCCUCCAGCUUCUCCUGGUGUCUUUUUUCUCUUCCUAUAUGGUGACUACGAUUUCCUUCACCAGAGGAUGGUGGCCCGGAGGGGGCAUUACAUGAAAGCAGACAUGCUACGUUCCCAGUUUGAUGCUUUAGAGCCUCCGCUGGAUGAGGAGAACGUGUUGCUACUGGACAUCAAGAGGAGCAUCCCUGAUAUUGCCGUGGAGGUUGAGAAGCAUGCCUUCGGCUACAAGUCAUCACCAAGGCCUUAACCACUGCAGCAGAUCAAGAGAGAGCCCAUCAUCAGAUUGAAAUCCUAAUAUAUUCUGUGAUCACCUGACUUUUCCUGUAGUGCCACCAGCAGGUCAAAGGUUUCACUUAUCUGGUGAAAUAUCUCAAAUCUAUUGGAUGGACAGGCAUUGGAUUUCCUCCAUUGCCUCCAUGAGGUUGACAUUUGUGGUUUUGAGUGAAAUGUCUCAAACUACUGGAUGCAUCACUGUAAAAUCUGACACUCAGGGUCCAUACAUAGUGAACUAUAACAGCUGUAGCACCAUCAUAUGGUCAAAAUUUAGAUUUUUCUACUUUGGUUUAUGACCACAUACCUGCAAAACUAAUGCCAUUCCUAUUAUCCCUAGCUGUAGUUCAUAUUUAGGGCUGUCUAGCAAAUGUUAGUAUGCUAAUACACUAAACUAAAAGGUUAACAUCAGCGCUGUAGCAUUGCCAUUGUAUUAUGUUAAUACAUUAACAUUUAGCUCAAAGACUGUAGACUUUUAAUCUUGUUAUGAUCCAUAGUUCAUAUCUAGUUCACACUGUGUCUUGGUGAGAAGUAUUUUUCAGCUGGUUUGUGCAGUAGUUUGUAGUUUUUGGUUUGAUCUGCUCAUUAGCGCUUCAGUGCAGAAUCUACACAAUGUUGUCGUGUAUCUAUGGCCCUUGAAACUGAUAAAUAGUUAGUUGAAAACAUUUCAAAACACAGUCUCUGUGCCAUUCAAGUGUAUGCUGCUGUAUUUGAUAUUGCAAUAGUUUGAAUUGGAACCAAAAGGUGCUUUUUUGUGAAUGAAGUCUGAACUGUACAAACGAGCAGGUAAAUAAAGUGUGGAUAUUGGCUGUUUGAGAAUUUAUGAAGAGGAUUAUGACAGAAAGUUAUAAUUGACAAGUGCCUUGGACAUAUGCAUAAAAGGUUGAUUCAUAGUUUCAUCAGCACAGGAAUAUAAAAAUAAAAAUGAAGUGAUGAUGGGUUUUUAUACCUCAACUUUUGGAACAUUUAAUAUUUAAUUAGAUAUUUCUUUGACAUAUUUAAACGUUUGCUGACAUUUCAACAACGUUGGGAAAUAAGGUUGCAACUCACAGUUGCACACAAUAAAUAUUCAAGUCAUUUUCUUGAUUUAUUGAUGAACUGUUUGGUCUAUAAAAUAUCAAAGAAUAGUGAAAAAUAUCCCCAAGGUGACAUCUCGUCUAUUGUAUGAUUUAUCAAGCUAUUAAACGUUGAUCUUUGACAGUUAAAAUAAAUGCAUCAGAGUUA